CAGCCCUGUCCUUAAGAAGCAAGAGAGACGGAUGAGCAGCUGAUUGAACCACGGCUGUGGCCAGUGCAGUGAGGGAGGGAUGCAUAGCAGGGGGCCACAGGGGCACAGAACAGGGAGGCGGGGAGAUCACGAUAGUCGUGGAAGAACGCUGGGAGGAGCUGGUGCCUGAGUUGAGACUUGACAGAGGGUCAGAGAAGUGUUGUGUGCAGACUGGAUAAUGUGGGAAAGUCCAGGGCUGAGAGAGUGUGGCCAAUGUGAGAAAUGCAGGCUCCAGGACCCAUACAUUUGCCUGAUGCCACUGGGUACAUGUUUCCCCCUCAGUCUGAGACGCUGGCAACUCAAUCAUGGUAUGAAGACCAUUCUUUGCUCCUGCCCUGGAAGAGGAGUGUCCAGACUGGCUGGUGAGAGGCUGAUAUUCGUGGGUCACCUUUUAUAGUGGGCCACUGUGACUCAGAAUUAGGAACCAGAAAAGUGUUCUGCCCCCUGCUCUAUGGUAUGAAGUCACCUAGAAGUGGAGUCAUUGAAUGGUCAGGGGGAUAGCCUUCUGUGAGUGGACGACCAGGGCCGUUGGGCUGCCUGCCAUCUCAAAACCCAGCUCUGAGCCUGAGCGCCGGGGGUUCCACUUCUGCUGCCUGCAUGGAUGCCAGGGGCUGGCCUCCUGGAAGGUGGCUGUGCCCGCCCGGGAUCGUGUUGCUGGCCUUCGCCUCUCUGCUCAGCUGCCUGCUCCCCUCCGGCCAGGCCAAGAUCUACAGUCGCUGUGAGCUGACCAGAACGUUACGGAAUUUCGGCCUCGAGGGCUACCGGGGCUACAGCCUGGCUGACUGGGUCUGUCUUGCUUACUACACAAGUGGCUUCAACACAGCUGCCGUGGACCAUGAAGCUGAUGGAAGCACCAACAAUGGCAUCUUCCAGGUCAACAGCCGGAAGUGGUGCCAAAAUCUCGACGCAGAGGCCCCCAACCUGUGCCAGAUGUACUGUUCCGACUUGUUGAAUCCUAACCUCAAGAAUGCUGUUAUCUGUGCCAUGAAGAUAACUCAAGAGCCCCGGGGCAUGGGCAGCUGGGAGGCCUGGAGGCAUCACUGCCAGGGCAAGGACCUCAGAGACUGGGUGGAUGGAUGUGACUUCUAGGACCCUCUCUGGAUAGACCAGGCCAUGCGCAGCAGGCUGGGAGAUGUGGUUUGGUUCCUGACCCAGGCUUGGGAAGACAA